CACUACACCGCUCCGGCAUUCAACCUGCUGCCUCCUCCACAACUCCGUCCCGCUGUCUUAACCACGGGUAACCAUGGCUGAAGGAGGGGAAGGCGAGGAUGAAAUCCAGUUCUUACGAACUGAUGAUGAGGUGGUUCUGCAGUGUUCCGCUAUUGUCCACAAAGAACAACAGAAGCUCUGCUUGGCUGCAGAAGGAUUUGGGAACCGACUUUGCUUCCUAGAAUCGACUUCAAACUCCAAGAAUGUUCCUCCAGACCUCUCAAUCUGCACUUUUGUGCUGGAACAGUCCCUAUCAGUGCGAGCCCUGCAAGAGAUGUUGGCCAACACAGAGGAGAAAGCAGAAGGGCAAGUUGAUGUGGAAAAAUGGAAAUUCAUGAUGAAGACCGCACAAGGGGGUGGACACAGAACCCUGCUGUAUGGACACGCAGUGCUGCUCAGGCAUUCCUACAGUGGAAUGUAUCUUUGUUGUUUAUCCACAUCACGUUCUUCAACGGAUAAACUGGCUUUUGAUGUUGGAUUGCAGGAAAAUACAACAGGUGAAGCCUGCUGGUGGACAAUACAUCCUGCAUCCAAGCAGCGGUCAGAAGGAGAGAAAGUCAGGGUAGGAGAUGACCUCAUUUUGGUCAGCGUGUCUUCAGAACGGUACCUGCAUUUAUCAUAUGGGAAUGGAAGCCUGCAUGUUGAUGCAGCCUUCCAGCAAACCCUGUGGAGCGUGGCGCCGAUAUGCUCUGGGAGCGAAGUUGCACAAGGAUACCUCAUCGGUGGAGAUGUGCUGAGGUUACUGCAUGGCCAUAUGGACGAGUGUCUCACUGUGCCAUCUGGAGAGCACGGAGAGGAACAGCGAAGGACAGUGCACUACGAGGGCGGAGCCGUGUCCAUUCACGCCCGGUCUCUGUGGAGACUGGAGACCCUUAGAGUUGCAUGGAGUGGAAGCCAUAUCCGAUGGGGACAGCCAUUCCGGCUAAGGCAUGUCACCACAGGGAAAUACCUCAGCUUAAUGGAUGACAAGGGCCUCCUUCUUAUGGACAAAGAAAAAGCAGAUGUGAAAUCCACAGCCUUCUGCUUCCGGUCUUCCAAGGAAAAACUGGACUUAGGAUUUAAGAAAGAGGUGGAUGGAAUGGGAGUCCCAGAUAUCAAGUACGGGGAUUCUGUGUGUUACAUUCAGCAUGUGGACACCUGUCUUUGGCUCACAUACCAGGCUGUGGACGCCAAAUGUGCACGGAUGGGCUCUGUGCAGCGCAAGGCAAUAAUGCACCAUGAAGGGCACAUGGAUGAUGGACUCACACUGUCGAGGUCCCAGCACGAGGAGUCCCGCACGGCGAGGGUCAUCCGCAGUACUGUCUUCCUAUUCAACAGGUUCAUCAGGGGACUUGAUGCUCUGAGCAAGAAAGGGAAAUCCUCCAGUGCAGAUCUACCAAUCGAGUCCGUCAGCCUCAGCCUUCAGGACCUGAUUGGCUACUUUCAACCUCCUGAUGAACAUCUGGAGCACGAGGACAAACAGAACAGACUCCGAGCGCUGAAGAACAGACAGAACCUGUUCCAGGAAGAGGGCAUGAUCAACCUGGUUCUUGAAUGUAUUGACCGUUUACACGUGUACAGCAGUGCAGCCCAUUUUGCUGAUGUAGCUGGAAAAGAAGCCGGAGAUGCCUGGAAGUCGAUAUUAAACUCAUUAUAUGAGUUACUAGCGGCACUAAUAAGAGGAAAUCGCAAAAACUGUGCUCAGUUUUCUGGCUCCCUGGACUGGUUAAUCAGCAGGUUGGAGAGGUUAGAAGCAUCUUCUGGGAUUUUGGAGGUUUUACACUGUGUUCUUGUGGAAAGUCCAGAAGCACUAAAUAUUAUCAAGGAGGGACAUAUCAAAUCAAUAAUUUCUCUCCUGGAUAAGCAUGGGCGGAAUCACAAGGUUUUGGAUGUUUUGUGCUCCCUGUGUGUCUGUCAUGGGGUAGCUGUGCGUUCAAACCAGCAUCUCAUUUGUGACAACUUACUGCCUGGACGAGAUCUGCUGUUGCAGACACGCCUCGUCAACCAUGUUAGCAGCAUGCGACCCAACAUUUUCCUGGGAAUCAGUGAAGGCUCUGCCCAGUACAAGAAGUGGUACUACGAGCUGAUAGUGGACCAGGUGGAGCCCUUUGUGACAGCAGAGGCAACCCACUUGCGGGUUGGGUGGGCGUCGACCGAUGGGUACUGCCCCUACCCUGGGGGUGGCGAAGGGUGGGGUGGCAAUGGAGUUGGAGAUGACCUUUACUCUUAUGGCUUUGAUGGUCUCCAUCUGUGGUCAGGCUGUAUUGCCCGGACAGUGAGUUCACCCAAUCAGCACCUUCUAAGAGCCGAUGAUGUCAUCAGCUGCUGCCUGGACCUCAGUGCUCCGAGUAUCUCGUUCCGAAUAAAUGGCCAGCCUGUCCAGGGCAUGUUUGAGAACUUCAAUUCCGAUGGCCUUUUCUUUCCUGUUGCUAGUUUUUCUGCUGGCGUGAAAGUACGUUUCCUGUUGGGGGGCCGCCACGGAGAGUUCAAGUUCCUGCCCCCUCCUGGUUACGCCCCAUGUUUUGAAGCUGUCCUUCCCAGAGAGAAGAUGAGAGUGGAGCCCAGCAGAGAAUACAAGCAAGACCACGGAGGCACUCGAGACCUGCUGGGGCCCACUGUAACCCUAACACAAGCUGCCUUCACACCGACACCUGUGGACACAAGCCAGAUUGUCUUGCCUCCUCACUUGGAGCGAAUUCGUGAAAAACUGGCAGAGAACAUUCAUGAGCUCUGGGUUAUGAACAAGAUUGAGCUGGGCUGGACCUAUGGAACAGUGCGAGAUGACAACAAAAGGCAGCAUCCGUGCCUGGUUGAGUUCUCCAAACUUCCUGAACAAGAACGGAAUUACAAUUUACAGAUGUCCCUGGAGACACUUAAGACACUCCUUGCUUUAGGCUGCCAUGUGGGAAUUGCAGAUGACCAUGCCGAGGAGAAGGUGAAAAAUCUUAAGCUUUCCACAAACUAUGAAUUGACAAGUGGUUACAAGCCUGCUCCAAUGGAUCUGAGCCACAUUAAGCUGACCUCAACCCAGGAGGCCAUGGUGGACAAGCUGGCAGAGAAUGCGCACAAUGUCUGGGCCCGAGACCGAAUCAGACAAGGCUGGACCUACGGGAUCCAGCAAGAUGUCAAAAACAGAAGAAACCCCCGUCUUGUCCCUUAUGCCCUCCUGGAUGAAAGGACCAAGAAGUCCAACAAGGACAGCCUGAGAGAGGCAGUCCGAACUCUUCUGGGUUAUGGCUACAGUUUGGAAGCACCUGACCAAGAUCACGCCACAAGGUCCGACAUCAGCAAUAUGUCUGCAGAGAGGUUCCGCAUUUUCCGAGCGGAGAAGACGUACAGCGUGAACUCGGGGAAGUGGUACUUUGAGUUUGAAGCGGUCACUGCCGGGGAGAUGAGGGUUGGGUGGGCAAGGCCUGGCUGCCUGCCUGACCAGGAGCUGGGCUCUGAUGAGCAGGCCUUUGUUUUUGAUGGCUUCAAGGCACAGCGGUGGCACCAGGGUAACGAGCACUUUGGGCGGUCCUGGCAGUCGGGCGAUGUGGUGGGCUGCAUGGUGGAUAUGAACGAGCACACCAUGAUGUUCACGCUCAACGGGGAAGUCCUUCUCGAUGACUCGGGAUCAGAACUGGCAUUCAAGGACUUUGAAGUUGGGGAAGGGUUUAUACCCGUUUGCAGUCUUGGCGUUUGUCAGGUUGGCAGGAUGAAUUUCGGGAAGGAUGUCAGCACCCUAAAGUACUUCACAAUCUGUGGCCUGCAGGAAGGGUUUGAGCCCUUUGCUGUCAACAUGAACAGGGACAUCACCAUGUGGCUGAGCAAACGGCUGCCACAGUUCAUCCCUGUGCCCUCCAACCACGAGCACAUAGAGGUCACGAGGAUAGACGGGACAAUUGACAGCUCGCCGUGUUUGAAAGUCACACAGAAGUCGUUCGGAUCUCAGAACAGCAACACGGACAUUGUGUUCUACCGCCUGAGCAUGCCCAUCGAGUGUGCCGAGACCUUCGCCAAGCCUCCAGGGGGCACUCUGCCCUCCGGCGGCGGCUUCUUUUCUCCACAGAAGGACCUCGAUGACUUUGACACAGAUUCAGACUUUGAAGUUCUCAUGAAAACGGCUCAUGGCCAUUUGGGCUCCAAUGGACCGGAGAGGGAGAAGGACAAGGAUGAGUUCAACAAUCAUAAAGACUACACCCAGGAAAAGCCUUCCAGAUUAAAGCAGAGGUUUAUGCUGAAGAGAACGAAGCCGGACUAUAACACAAGCCACUCGUCGGCUCGUCUGUCCGAGGAAGUGCUGGCCGAUGAGAGGGAUGACUACGAGUAUCUGAUGCAGACUUCCACGUACUAUUACUCAGUGAGGAUCUUCCCUGGCCAGGAGCCCACUGGUGUGUGGGUGGGCUGGGUCACCUCUGAUUUCCACCAGUAUGACACUGCGUUUGACCUGGAGAAGGUGCGCACAGUGACGGUCACGCUCGGGGACGAGAAGGGAAAGGUCCAUGAAAGUAUUAAGCGCAGCAACUGCUACAUUGUGUGGGCGGGAGAGAGCACUAGUCCGGGCCAAGGCCGUAACAACAAUGGGCUGGAGAUUGGUUGCCUGGUAGACACAGCCAGCGGUUUGCUGACCUUCACAGCAAAUGGCAAAGAGCUGAGCACUUACUAUCAGGUAGAGCCCAGCACUAAGCUAUUCCCUGCAGUAUUUGCCCAAGCAACUAGCCCUAACGUAUUUCAGUUUGAACUGGGACGAAUAAAGAACGUGAUGCCCCUGUCGGCGGGCCUGUUCAAGAGCGAGCGGAAGAACCCCACGCCCCAGUGUCCUCCCCGGCUGCAUGUCCAGUUCCUCACGCCCGUGCUGUGGAGCAGGGUCCCCAACCACUUCCUGAAGGUGGAGGCGUCGCGGGUCAAUGACAGGCACGGCUGGCUGGUCCAGUGCACGGAGCCCCUGCAGUUCAUGUCUCUGCACAUUCCGGAGGAGAACAGGUCAGUUGAUAUCCUGGAGCUGACGGAGCAGGAAGACUUGCUGAAGUUCCACUACCACACCCUGCGCCUGUACUCUGCGGUUUGCGCGCUGGGCAACAACAGGGUGGCCCACACGCUCUGCAGCCACGUGGAUGAGUCUCAGCUCCUCUAUGCGGCCGAGAACAAGUACAUGCCGGGCUUGCUCAGGACGGGCUACUAUGACUUGCUCAUCGACAAUCACCUCAGCUCUUACGCCACUGCCCGCCUCAUGAUGAACAGCGAGUACAUCGUCCCCAUGACGGAGGAAACCAAAAGCAUCACCCUGUUCCCCGACGAGAAAAAAAAACACGGUCUCCCCGGGAUCGGACUCAGCACCUCUCUGAGGCCCCGGAUGCACUUCUCCUCCCCGAGUUUCGUGAGGGUCAGCGGGGAUCAUUUCCAGCACAGCCCCGAGUUCCCCCUGGAGAUCCUGAAGACGAAAACCAUCGAAAUGCUGACAGAGGCUGUCCAGGAGGGCAGCCUGCACGUCCGCGACCCUGUAGGGGGCAGCACCGAGUUCCUCUUCGUGCCCCUCAUCAAACUGUUUUACACUUUGCUAAUCAUGGGCGUCUUUCACAACGGGGACCUGAAGACUAUCUUGCAGCUGAUCGAGCCCAGUGUCUUCUCGGAGGAGCCGGGCCAGCCGAAGCCCGAGACCCCCGAGUGUGAUGGGAUCAAGGGGGAGCUGAGGAUAGAGGGACCAGGGGACGAGGAAGAGGGAAAAGCAGAAAAUGUCCCCAAAGAAGGAUUGCUGCAAAUGAAGCUCCCCGAGCCAGUCAAGCUCCAGAUGUGCCAUCUGCUGCAGUACCUCUGUGACUGCCAGGUGCGCCACAGGAUAGAGGCUAUCGUGGCGUUCUCGGACGACUUUGUCGCAAACCUCCAGGAGAACCAGCGGUUCCGCUACAACGAGGUGAUGCAGGCUCUCAACAUGUCUGCCGCCUUGACCGCCAGGAAAACGAAGGAAUUCCGAUCGCCACCCCAGGAGCAGAUUAACAUGCUGUUGAAUUUCAAAGAUGACAAGCAGGACUGCCCCUGUCCUGAAGAUAUUCGAGAGCAGCUGCUUGACUUCCAUGAAGACCUGAUGACCCACUGUGGAAUUGAACUUGAGGAUGACAGGGGCGGUGAGGGUGACAGUGACUUCACUAUUCGGGGCAGACUUCUGUACCUGGUAGAGAAAGUUGCCUACCUGAAGAAGAGAAUGUCAGACCUGCCAAAGAAAGAAAAAGCUAAGAAGCCAAGCACCCUGCAGCAGCUGAUUUCGGAGACUAUGGUACGAUGGGCCCAGGAGUCCGUGAUAGAGGAUCCUGAACUUGUCAGAGCCAUGUUUGUGCUACUGCACAGGCAGUACGAUGGCAUAGGAGGACAAGUGCGUGCUCUGCCCAAGACCUAUACCAUCAACUCCAUCUCUGUGGAGGACACCAUUAACCUGCUGGCCUCCCUGGGGCAGAUCCGCUCGUUGCUCAGCGUAAGGAUGGGCAAGGAAGAAGAGAAGCUGAUGAUCCGCGGCCUCGGGGAUAUUAUGAAUAAUAAAGUUUUCUACCAGCAUCCGAACCUGAUGAGAGCUCUGGGAAUGCAUGAAACAGUGAUGGAAGUCAUGGUCAAUGUCCUGGGAGGUGGUGAAUCAAAGGAGAUCACAUUCCCUAAGAUGGUGGCCAACUGCUGUCGGUUUCUUUGUUACUUCUGCCGCAUCAGCAGACAAAACCAAAAGGCAAUGUUUGAUCAUCUCAGUUACCUGCUGGAGAACAGCAGUGUUGGACUUGCAUCGCCUUCCAUGCGGGGAUCCACUCCUCUGGAUGUGGCAGCAGCCUCUGUGAUGGAUAACAAUGAACUUGCCUUAGCCUUAAGGGAACCAGACCUAGAGAAAGUCGUGCAGUACUUGGCAGGAUGUGGUUUACAAAGCUGCACGAUGCUGGUUUGUAAAGGAUACCCAGAUAUUGGCUGGAACCCUGUGGAAGGAGAACGUUAUUUAGACUUCCUUCGCUUUGCUGUGUUUUGCAAUGGGGAGAGUGUUGAAGAGAAUGCCAACGUGGUGGUGAGGCUUCUGAUCCGCCGCCCGGAGUGCUUCGGCCCUGCCUUGAGAGGAGAAGGCGGCAAUGGUCUCUUGGCUGCCAUGGAGGAAGCCAUAAAGAUCUCGGAAGAUCCCACGAGGGACGGCCCCUCCCCCACCACAGAAUCCAGCAGAACUCUCGAUAUUCUUGAAGAGGAAGAAGACGACACCAUCCACAUGGGGAAUGCCAUAAUGACUUUUUAUGCUGCCCUUAUUGAUCUUUUAGGACGCUGUGCUCCUGAAAUGCAUUUAAUCCAUGCUGGCAAGGGUGAAGCACUGAGGAUCCGCGCUAUUCUCCGAUCCCUAAUUCCUAUAGAGGAUUUAGAAGGCGUCAUCAGUAUUCCCUUCCCCAUGCCAACACUGGCGAAAGAUGGAACUGUGGUGGAGCCUGACAUGUCAGCUGGCUUUUGCCCGGAUCAUAAGGCGGCGAUGGUUCUGUUCCUGGACAGAGUGUAUGGAAUUGAGGACCAGAAUUUCCUGCUGCAUCUGUUGGAAGUCGGUUUUCUCCCUGACCUCCGAGCUGCUGCUUCUCUAGACACGGCUUCCCUGAGUGCCACUGACAUGGCUCUGGCCCUGAACCGCUACCUGUGCACUGCGGUGUUGCCCUUGUUAACGAAGUGCGCUCCUCUGUUUGCGGGUACGGAGCCUUUUGCCUCGCUUAUCGACUCCCUGUUGCACACUGUGUAUCGCCUGUCCAAGGGCUGCUGUCUCACCAAGGCCCAGAGGGACUCCAUUGAGGAGUGUCUGCUGGCUGUAUGUGGCCAGCUGAGACCAUCUAUGAUGCAGCACCUUCUAAGGAGGCUCGUCUUUGAUGUUCCUCUUCUUAAUGAGCACACCAAAAUGCCCCUCAAGCUGCUGACAAACCACUAUGAGAGAUGCUGGAAAUACUACUGCCUGCCAGGAGGGUGGGGCAGCUUUGGAGCUGCUUCCGAAGAGGAGCUGCACUUAUCUAGGAAGCUGUUCUGGGGGAUAUUUGAUGCCUUGUCUCAGAAGAAGUAUGACCAGGAGCUGUUUAAGCUGGCGCUGCCAUGUCUGAGUGCCGUGGCAGGGGCCUUGCCUCCAGACUACAUGGAGUCAAACUAUGUUGCCAUGAUGGAGAAACAGUCCUCCAUGGACGCAGAGGGAAACUUUAACCCACAGCCUGCUGACACCUCAAGUGUAAACAUCCCAGAAAAACUGGACUACUUCAUAAACAAGUAUGCAGAACAUUCUCAUGAGAAGUGGUCAAUGGACAAGUUUGCCAAUGGCUGGGCACACGGUGACCCUCUGUGUGAAACCUCCAGGAUUCACCCUCUGUUGAAACCAUACAAGCUGCUCUCUGAAAAGGACAAGGAGGUGUAUCGGUGGCCUAUUAAGGAGUCGCUGAAGACCAUGCUGGCCUGGGGGUGGAGCAUAGAGAGGACGAGAGAAACCGAUGCGAUGAGCUUGCACAACCGGGCGAGACGGAUCUCCCAGUCCAGCCAGAUCUCCAUCGACACCACACAUGGUUACAGUCCCCGGCCUAUUGACAUGAGCAACGUGACGUUGUCCAGAGACCUGCAUUCAAUGGCAGAGCUGCUUGCAGAGAACUAUCACAAUAUUUGGGCCAAGAAGAAAAAACUAGAGCUGGAAGCCAAAGGCAGGAAUUUAUUGUUUACUGAUGAAGGAGGAGGGAGCCAUCCUUUGCUGGUACCCUAUGAUACUUUAACAGCCAAAGAAAAAUCCAAAGAUAGAGAAAAAGCACAAGACAUCCUCAAGUUCUUUCAGAUAAACGGAUACACAGUCUCAAGGGGCGUGAAGGAACUCGAGUUAGAUACCCCUUCCAUUGAGAAAAGGUUUGCGUACAGCUUCCUGCAGCAGCUCAUCAGAUAUGUAGAUGACGCUCAUGAGCACAUGCUUGAGUUUGAUAUGGGCACACGGGCUAAAGCAGAAAAGGUUCCAUAUGAGCAAGAAAUGAAGUUUUUUGGGAAGGUAGUCCUUCCUUUGGUUGACCAGUACUUCAAGAACCACCGGCUGUACUUCUUGUCCACAGCCAACCGGCCCCUCAGCAGCGGAGGACAUGCCUCCAACAAGGAGAAAGAGAUGGUCACCAGCCUGUUCUGCAAACUUGGAGUUCUUGUCAGGCAUAGGAUAUCCCUGUUUGGAAAUGAUGCAACAUCGAUUGUGAACUGUCUUCACAUAUUGGGCCAAACUCUGGAUGCCAGGACCGUGAUGAAGACCGGCCUGGACUCGGUGAAGGCGGCCUUGCGGGCCUUCUUUGACAACGCGGCGGAGGACCUGGAGAGGACGAUGGAGAACCUGAAGCUGGGUCAGUUCACUCACACCAGAGCCCAGCCCAGGAGCGUCACCCAGAUCAUCAACUACACCACCGUGGCCCUGCUGCCCGUCCUCUCCUCGCUCUUCGAGCACGUCGGGCAGAACCUGUUUGGCGAAGACCUCAUAUUGGAUGAUGUCCAGGUUUCAUGCUACAGGAUACUCAACAGUCUGUAUGCUCUUGGGACAAGCAAAAGCAUUUAUGUGGAGAGGCAGAGGCCGGCACUUGGAGAAUGUCUUGCUGCCUUUUCUGGAGCUUUUCCUGUAGCAUUUCUGGAGCCGCACUUCAACAAAUAUAACACCUACUCCAUUUACAAUACCAAAGGGUCAAGAGAAAGGGCAGCUCUAGAUUUGCCAGCCCGUGUUGAAGAGGUUUGUCCUAACAUCCCGUCUCUGGAGAAAUCUCUGGAGGAGAUCAUGGAGCUAGCGGAGUCAGGGAUGCGGUACACCCAGAUGCCCCAUGUGAUGGAGGUGCUUCUGCCCAUGUUGUGUAGCUACAUGUCUCACUGGUGGGACCACGGGCCUGAAAACAACCCUGAGAAGGCAGACAUGUGCUGCACCUCCCUGACCUCGGAGCACAUGAACACCCUGCUGGGCAACAUUCUGAGGAUCAUUUACAACAACCUGGGUAUUGAUGAGGGGGCCUGGAUGAAGAGACUGGCAGUAUUUUCUCAGCCCAUCAUCAGUAAAGCCAAGGCCCAGCUGCUGAAGACACACUUCUUGCCCCUGAUGGAGAAGCUGAAGAAGAAGGCGGCCACAGUGCUGCUGGAUGAGGAGCACAUGAAGACAGAGGGCAGGGGUGACAUGUCAGAAGCAGAGCUUCUCAUCCUGGAUGAAUUCACCAUCCUCGUCCGGGACCUGUACGCCUUUUACCCUCUCCUCAUCAGAUUUGUGGACUAUAAUAGGGCAAAAUGGCUGAAAGAACCUAGUGCAGAGGCCGAAGAAUUAUUUCGCAUGGUGGCAGAAGUGUUCAUAUUCUGGGCAAAGUCUCAUAAUUUCAAAAGGGAAGAGCAGAACUUUGUGGUUCAGAAUGAAAUCAACAACAUGUCUUUUUUGAUCACUGACACCAAAUCCAAAAUGUCCAAGGGGGCAGUUUCAGACCAGGAGAGAAAGAAGCUGAAGCGGAAAGGAGACCGCUACUCCCUGCAGACCUCUCUCAUCGUUGCUGCGCUGAAGAGAUUACUCCCAGUUGGAUUAAAUAUCUGUGCUCCCGGUGACCAAGAGCUCAUUGCACUGGCCAAGAACAGGUUCAGUCUAAAAGAUACAGAAGAUGAAGUCAGGGACAUUAUUCGGAAUAAUCUUCAUCUUCAGGGAAAGUAUCGAGUAUUUCAUUUCAAGAAACUGGUGAAGAAGCUUAUCAUAGUGAUGAAAUGGAUGAAGAGCAGACAGCCCAAGCUUGCCAGCUCUGAGCUGCCUGGCUACAAAAGGCUGCCUUUGCGAAAGCGUUCGGCUACCCUCGACACCACACACAGGGUUCAAAAAACACCUCUGUCUGCCAUUAAAAAGUCCUCUUCGGUGGACUAUGUGUCAAUGGUGAAGCACUCUAAGACUCAGACAAGGCCAGCAGAGACUGCAGUUUCCAAGAUAAAGAAAGGCCUGAAAGAUGGGCAGCUAGCAAUGCAGAGCAUAUUUGGGUGUAGCAAAAUGUUGCUGGAGGAUCCUGCCAUCAGGUGGCAGAUGGCUUUAUAUAAAGACCUGCCUAAUAGAACUGAAGACACAUCUGAUCCAGAAAAAACAGUGGAACGCGUCCUUGACAUUGCACACGUGCUGUUUCACCUGGAGCAGGUUGAACAUCCACAGAGAAGUAAGAAGGCUGUGUGGCACAAGCUACUUUCUAAGCAAAGGAAAAGGGCAGUGGUGGCUUGUUUUAGAAUGGCACCUUUAUAUAAUCUUCCAAGGCAUAGGGCUGUCAACCUCUUUCUGCAAGGUUAUGAAAAGUCUUGGAUUGAAACAGAGGAGCAUUAUUUUGAAGAUAAGUUAAUUGAGGAUUUGGCUAAACCAGGAAGAGAAGAUCCCCCCGAGGAAGAUGAAGGCACAAAACGAAUUGAUCCUCUGCAUCAGCUCAUCUUACUUUUCAGUAGGACUGCGCUGACAGAGAAGUGUAAGCUGGAGGAAGACUUCCUGUAUAUGGCUUAUGCUGACAUUAUGGCAAAGAGUUGCCAUGAUGAGGAAGAUGAGGAUGGAGAAGAGGUGAAGAGCUUUGAAGAAAAAGAAAUGGAAAAGCAGAAGCUGCUGUAUCAGCAGGCCAGGCUACAUGACCGGGGUGCUGCAGAGAUGGUUCUCCAGAUGAUCAGCGCCAGCAAAGGUGAAAUGGGACCUAUGGUAGCAUCAACAUUGAAGCUGGGCAUUGCCAUUUUGAAUGGAGGAAAUUCCACAGUGCAGCAGAAAAUGCUUGAUUACCUGAAAGAUAAAAAGGACGUGGGCUUCUUUCAGAGUCUUGCUGGCCUUAUGCAGUCGUGCAGUGUUCUUGACCUCAAUGCUUUUGAAAGGCAGAACAAAGCCGAAGGACUGGGGAUGGUAACAGAAGAGGGCUCAGUCAUCACUCAUGAGCGUGGAGAAAAGGUGAUGCAGGAUGAUGAAUUCACCUGUGACCUCUUUCGCUUCCUGCAGCUCCUCUGUGAAGGACACAACUCAGAUUUUCAAAAUUACCUCAGGACGCAAACUGGAAACAACACAACUGUCAACAUUAUCAUUUCUACCGUUGACUAUCUUCUGAGAGUUCAGGAGUCAAUCAGUGAUUUCUACUGGUAUUACUCGGGAAAAGACGUCAUUGAUGAACAAGGACAGCGCAAUUUCUCCAAGGCGAUCAAUGUAGCAAAACAGGUGUUCAACACACUUACAGAGUAUAUUCAGGGCCCCUGUACUGGAAACCAGCAGAGCCUAGCUCACAGUCGCCUUUGGGAUGCUGUAGUAGGAUUUCUCCACGUGUUUGCACACAUGCAAAUGAAGCUAUCGCAGGAUUCCAGUCAAAUUGAAUUGCUGAAAGAGUUAAUGGAUCUCCAAAAGGACAUGGUUGUAAUGCUGCUGUCCAUGUUAGAAGGGAAUGUGGUUAAUGGAACUAUUGGUAAACAGAUGGUUGACAUGUUAGUAGAGUCCUCAAACAAUGUGGAGAUGAUUUUGAAGUUCUUUGACAUGUUCCUCAAACUCAAAGAUCUGACGUCCUCAGACACCUUCAAGGAGUACGACCCUGAUGGGAAAGGGGUUAUCUCAAAGAGGGAUUUCCAGAAAGCAAUGGAAAGCCACAAACACUAUACUCAGUCAGAAACAGAGUUCCUGCUUUCUUGUGCAGAGACAGAUGAAAAUGAGCUCUUGGACUAUGAAGAGUUUGUGGAGAGGUUCCAUGAACCUGCCAAGGAUAUUGGCUUCAAUGUGGCUGUCUUGCUCACCAACCUGUCCGAACACAUGCCCCAUGAUACCCGCCUCCAGACCUUUCUGGAACUCGCAGAAAGCGUGCUUAAUUAUUUCCAGCCUUAUCUGGGUCGCAUUGAGAUCAUGGGGAGUGCCAAACGCAUUGAGCGGGUCUACUUUGAGAUCAGCGAGUCCAGCCGGACACAGUGGGAGAAGCCACAAGUCAAGGAGUCCAAACGGCAGUUCAUCUUUGAUGUUGUAAACGAGGGAGGGGAAAAAGAAAAAAUGGAGCUCUUUGUAAAUUUCUGUGAGGACACCAUUUUUGAAAUGCAGCUGGCUGCCCAGAUCUCUGAAUCAGAUACUAAUGAGAGGUCAGCCAGUAAGGAAGAGAAUGAGAAAGAGAAGCCAGAGGACGACAAUCCAGAAAUGGGCUUCUUUUCUGUCACCACAGUACGAUCUGCUCUUCUGGCCUUGCGGUACAAUGUGAUGAUGUUAAUGAAGGUGCUUUCCAUGAAAAGCCUUAAGAAACAGAUGAAAAAGAUGAAGAAAAUGACUGUGAAAGACAUGGUUAUGACACUUAUCUCUUUCUACUGGAGUGUUUUGAUGGGCCUUUUCCAUUUCACAUUCAGUGUUUCAAGAGGCUUUUUCCGAAUAAUGUACAGUACUUUUCUAGGGGGGAGUCUGGUGGAAGGAGCCAAACAAAUUAAAGUGGCCGAUCUCUUGGCCAACAUGCCUGACCCAACCCAAGAUGAGGUCCGUGGGGAAGGAGAGGAAGGCGAGAGGAAACUCACAGACAAAUCGUUGCCUUCAGAAGACCUUGCAGACUUGGUGGUUGCCUCUGAUGAUACUGAUCUCCUCUCAGACAUUUUUGGGUUAGACUUGAGGAGGGAAGGAGGACAAUAUAAAUUAAUCCCUCAUAAUCCAAAUGCUAGUUUGACUGAUUUAAUCACUUCUCCUGCUUCUCCUGUGCCUGCGCCUUCACCAGAGUUGAGAAGAAGACAUAAGGGUGAGGGGGUCUCAGUGGAAGACAGAGAAGAUAAGGAAGAGAACAAAUCUGAACCAGAAAAGGCAGAAGGAGAAGAUGGUGAAAAGAAUGAUAAGCCAAAGGAAGACAAGCCUAAACAGAAGAUCAGGCAGCGUCACGCCUUGAAAUCAGAUGAGCCAGAAAUCCAAGAGUCUGCAUUUUGGAAGAAGAUCUUAGCCUAUCAGAGAAAGCUGCUUAAUUACUUCGCAAGGAAUUUUUACAACAUGAGAAUGCUGGCUUUGUUUGUUGCAUUUGCAAUAAACUUUAUCCUCCUUUUUUAUAAGGUGUCCACGUCCUCGGCGGUGAUUGAGGAGAAGGAGGUGGUGUACAGUGGAGCAGGGGAAGGCAGCGCCAGGUGGACCUCUGUGAGCAGUGUGCCCCACAGGACCGUCACUGUGCACUAUGUAUUGGAGGAGAGCAGUGGCUACAUGGAGCCUACUCUCAGAAUACUGGCUAUUCUGCACACCGUCAUAUCCUUCUUCUGCAUUAUAGGAUACUACUGCUUAAAAGUUCCACUGGUUAUUUUUAAAAGAGAGAAGGAGGUGGCCAGGAAAUUGGAAUUUGAUGGGCUAUACAUAACAGAGCAGCCAUCUGAGGAUGACAUUAAAGGCCAGUGGGACAGGCUGGUAAUUAACACACAGUCUUUCCCUAACAACUACUGGGACAAGUUUGUUAAAAGAAAGGUCAUGGACAAAUACGGAGAAUUUUACGGACGGGACAGAAUCAGCGAGCUCUUGGGAAUGGACAAAGCUGCUCUGGACUUCAGUGAUACACAGGAGAAGAAGAAGCCAAAGAAAGACAGUUCAUUGUCAGCUGUGUUAAACUCUAUUGAUGUGAAGUAUCAGAUCUGGAAACUGGGAGUCGUUUUUACAGACAACUCGUUCCUGUAUCUUGCCUGGUAUAUGACGAUGUCAGUCCUUGGCCACUACAAUAAUUUCUUCUUUGCGGCACAUCUUCUUGAUAUAGCCAUGGGAUUCAAGACAUUGCGAACCAUUCUGUCUUCUGUCACACACAACGGCAAGCAGCUGGUAUUAACUGUAGGACUGCUGGCUGUGGUUGUGUAUCUGUAUACUGUGGUGGCCUUCAAUUUUUUCCGCAAAUUCUACAACAAGAGUGAAGACGGAGACAUUCCUGAUAUGAAAUGUGAUGAUAUGCUCACAUGCUACAUGUUCCACAUGUAUGUGGGUGUGCGGGCUGGAGGAGGGAUUGGGGAUGAGAUUGAAGAUCCUGCAGGAGAUGAGUACGAGAUCUACAGGAUUAUUUUUGACAUCACCUUCUUCUUCUUUGUCAUUGUUAUCCUGCUGGCCAUCAUUCAGGGUUUAAUAAUUGAUGCCUUUGGUGAAUUGCGAGACCAGCAAGAGCAGGUGAAAGAAGAUAUGGAGACCAAAUGCUUCAUCUGUGGAAUUGGCAACGACUACUUUGACACAGUCCCCCAUGGCUUCGAAACUCACACGCUGCAGGAGCACAAUUUGGCCAACUAUCUAUUUUUUGUGAUGUAUCUCAUUAACAAAGACGAAACUGAGCACACAGGACAGGAAUCCUAUGUGUGGAAGAUGUACCAGGAGCGUUGCUGGGAAUUCUUUCCGGCUGGAGACUGCUUUCGCAAACAAUAUGAAGACCAACUCAACUGAAUACAGACUUUACUCUUUCUUACAGCAAAAAGAAGAAGGCGAAUCACCUUCGAAUUACUUCCUUUGGAAUGCUUUUCAAAAUUUGUACAUAUAUGAUACACUGUAUAUCAUUCACUGUGUGCUUUUGGAGCACAAAAGCUGUGUUUUGAUGACUUAAUGCUUCAUCUAUACAUUUGCUUUAAAAACUCACAUUGAAAAGCAAAAAAAAAUAAAAAAGAAAAUCUCACAUUGAUUUGACUGACUCUGGAGACUUCUGGGAAAUGUCUUUAUUUGGAGAGCACAUGUAUAAAAAAAAAAGGCAAUUAUCUUGCUCAUCCUAAGUCUCUUUAUUUCUUCAUCCGGAAUGAGAUUGUAUAUUUUGUCGUGUACAGUGGAGAUACAAGAAUGGACUAAGGGCAGUGAUGGGGAAAUAGUGCCUUACUUAGUGCAGGUUGAGCUAUGCAAGUGGAAAAAGUCGAGUGCAUGACUAUGUCACAAAACUAAUCAUUGUCAGAUGUAUAGUCGUGUUGAAUUGCUGACUGUGUGACUGGAUGUGUGUGAGAGAGUAUGUGUGUCUCAGGACAAAUGUAGGGUAUUCAUAUCAAGCUCAGUCAUCACUCACCAGUACUUCAGCUCCUGUAUUUCUUAUUUUGGUAAUGCUCUUAUGCAAUACAGCAACAGAGUUAAUCUUUGUACAAAAGAGUGAAAAAAAUCUUUGAAAAAGAUUUAAUUGCAUGUUUAUUAUGCAAGUUUAACAAAAACUUAAAAGACGCAAGUUGAUCAAUGUUAUACAAAAUGUUUUAUAGGUUUAAGAUAUUGAUAUCUCUAUAGUGUUGAAGUGUUGUGGGCUUUACUGUAAAUUAUGAAACAAUGUCAUCAGCCAAGAAUGCAUAAUGAUAUAAAAGUUGAUUGUAGUCUCUUCACUUUUUGCCACCUGUGAUUUCAAUAGUGUAGUUAGGGAUUAUUCGUUGACUCAUUUUGAUUGAAGCUGAAGCAAUACCCAUUCAGGGAGUUCAUCAAACAUAAUUGUAAAAGAACAAUGUGUAGAAUACUCCAUUUCGGAUUGUUUCCAAUUGUAAUGCCAAUCUUUGCAAAUAAAACCUUCAGAAUAAAAAUGA